AUACACAAAUCCGGCAGCGCUUAUCGAUAUUGGUCACGAAACUGCCUCGAGUGGACUAACAGUUAUGGCGCCGAUGGAGAAUUGAAACAGGGCACACUAACUCCGCGAUUGCACGAAGCUUUUCGUGUUGGUGAAGUACAAGAUUGCAUUCUGGAUGCGGAAAUUAUGGCCUAUAACACGUGGACUGAUACCCUGGUCCCCAAAACAGCGGGUUUCGAUGUGAAGCGUAGCAAGUCCGCAGAGAGUUCGAUCAGCGACUGGUUUGGUGAGGAUGAGGCGGGGACAUAUCAACCCUGUGUCGUUGUGUUUGAUGUGAUCUAUCUGAAUGGGAAGUCAUUGACUACUACACCAUUGCUCGAACGAAAACGCUUGUUGAGAGAACAUCUUUUCGUUAAUCGUGACUCGAAUACCGAAAUCAACAAGAACGAAAGUGAUGAGUUUGAUUUUCUGCCCGAACCGGUGCUGGAUGGAACCAUUUAUCUAUCCAGUUGGAAUCUAGUCCCCAUCAAAGUGGAUCAGGUGACCAAGAUUUUCAAUCGCUCAAUCGAUUCCCGCCAAGAAGGGCUGGUAGCGAAACUCACAGUGGGUGCUAGCCCGUAUCUACCUGGUCGUAGAUUGCAUGGAGGCUGGUGGAAACUGAAACCGGACUAUGUGGAUGGAUUGUUAAUUGAUCUGGAUUGUUUAGUUGUCGGUGGUUGCUAUAUGUCCGUACUGGGUCGAAAAACCAAACGGAUUGGACAUUUUAUUUGCGCAGUCCGGGACGACAGAGUGCAAGCUGCCGAGCAGACUGAAUUGUCGGAUUCUAUUCCGACUUUCCUUUCGUUUUGUCGAGCAAGUUACCAUUCCUAUAUUGCAGUGGUGAACAAUGGUCUGACUACAAACCAGUUGAAAGAAAUCAACCAAAAGCUGCGUCCUCACUGGAAACCGUACGACCGGAAACAUCCAAAUACCGGGCCCACUGAGUGGCUUCGUGUCACUACGGAACGACCGGACGUGUGGAUUGCUCCCCAAAACUCAAUCACAUUUCAGAUACAUGCUUCAGAGAUGACCCCUAGUGCAUCUUAUGCUACGGGUCUCACACUUCGUUUCCCUCGUAUUGUUGCCGUCCGUGAAGAUAAGUCGUGGCAGGACUGUUUGACCCUGAAGGAGUUGCAACAACUGAAUAGCGAGACUGAGGGUAAAAUGGCUGUAAAUCGUCUACCGGUUCAUGGCUCGGAUGUGGACUCCGAGGGCGAACCUGAGUUGGACAAAGAAGGGUGGGAAUCAUCCAGUGGGAAAAACUCAAACAGCACUAAUGACUCCUCAGCGUUGGACCGCGAUAGUUUAGUCAGCGUUAUAGACAGUGCCGGCGAUUUGUUUCUCGACCGACCAGGAGCCACCUCAACUCCUACAAAAAAGCGCAAGAUAAAGGAGAAUGACCGUAUCUCCUGGCGUACCAGCAGCGUAGCCAUAUAUGAUCAGAGUUACAGCGAUUCCGGAUUUUUGUCCGGCAAGGAGUUUUGUCUCAUUCUGCCUGUUGGUACCAACAAAUUAGAACUGGAGUCUCGUAUUUGUGCCGUUGGCGGUAUUGUCGUUCAAAAUGCGGGUCCAGACACUUUCUGCAUCGUCACGGAUAAGAUUACCGCCAAAGUGAGUUUAUUGACAGGUUUAUUUUUCCGUUUUGUCAUUCGGUGGAUGAUGUGA